AUGCAUGAGUCCCAGUCAGAUCCAGCAGGACACACCAUACAAGCAAUCCACAUAGAAAGCAGAAAUCCUUCUGAGAAUGAGAGUCGAGUGAAGAGCAGCCAGACUUCUCCUCCAGAGGUCGCAGGGGUUCCAGCGUCGUUGUCGAUGAUGACCCCGCCUGCCGAAGCUCCGCAGCCACUGCAGCAGGCACCACAGCAGCCCGUCCUCAGUCCUCAGCAGAUCCAGGUGCUAGUCCAGCAGCAGAAGGCGCUCAUGUUACACCAGCAACAAAUCCAGGAGGUCUUCAAGAAUCAGCAAGAGCAGAUAAAUAUGCAGCUUUUGCAACAGAAGAAUGCCGGGAUAGUUACUCAAGAGCUUACAGCCCAGCAGAUCGCCAUCCAGCAGCAGCUGCUUCAGGUGCAGCAGCAGCAUCUCCUCAACCUGCAGAGGCAAGGCCUGCUGUCUGUGCUUCCCAGCACCCCCACUGUAACUCCAGGGUGUGAAAAUGGCAGCGUCCUCUCUCCUGGUGGAGAUAUCCGAGAGUCUUCCAGCCAAUCGGCCACCAACGGUCAUCACACCCUGCUGAAGAGGAAAGAAAGUGGGUCACAGGAGGAAAGCCCCCAGAACAGCCAUCCUCUGUAUGGAAACGGCAUGUGCAAAUGGCCAGGCUGUGAAACUGUUUUUGGAGACUUUCAGGCAUUCAUGAAACAUUUGAACAGCGACCACACACUUGACGACAAGAGUACGGCGCAGUGCCGUGUGCAGAUGCAGGUUGUUCAACAGCUGGAGCUGCAGCUGAAGAAAGACAAGGAGCGACUGCAAGCUAUGAUGGCUCAUCUCAAAUCGUCUGAACCCAAACCUGCAGCUCAGCCCGUGAAUCUGGCGUCUAAUGUGUCUUUCACCCCGGUGACAUUGCCCAAAGCCCCUCCUCCUAUGAGUCUUUCUCAGAGUGCCACAGCCCCCUCCACGCCCCUCACACCGCUCUCUGACUCGCCGUCAGUCCUCACCCCCAACAGCUUGUUCACCAGCACUCCUGUACGGAGGCGAUACAGCCGCUCUGUGAGCCAAGAUAUUAUUGAUAAUAAAGAGUUCUACCUGAGCACAGAGGUUAGACCUCCAUUUACAUAUGCGUCCCUCAUAAGACAGGCUAUAUUUGAAUCGCCUCGCAAUCAGCUGACGUUAAACGAAAUCUACAACUGGUUCACCAGGAACUUUGCAUAUUUCAGGCGCAAUGCAGCUACUUGGAAGAAUGCUGUCAGACACAACCUCAGUCUGCAUAAAUGCUUUGUGCGCCUGGAGAACGUGAAGGGAGCCGUGUGGACGGUAGACGAGAUCGAGUUCCACCGACGGCGGCCUCAGAAGGCUGCUGGUAACGGAUCUCUGCUGAAGAACUCUCAAAGUCGCCAGAGCUUGCCCGGGUCUGCUCUUCAGAAUGCUGGUCUUGAUGGAAACAGCUGCCUGUACAACCCGGCCUCAAUAGGUAGCAUCGCGCUGCACUCGCUGCCUCACGUUCUCCAGGAGCAGAUGAACGGAGCGCUGGCUAACGGAUGUGGCUACCAAAGUGACAGCAGCACAACACAGUCUCCUCCUCAAGCUUUUAUUAAAGAAGAGCAGGAGGAUGAGGAGAUCAGCGAAAACUAUCCCUACGAGUCUCCGGAGAGCACAGACGAGCACGGCCACAGCCCCGAAAUGCUCCAGGAGGAAAUCAACGGCAGCCCGGAGAGGUCCGAGCUUCAUUUCGAUCGUGUGCCUUCUCUCUGA